AUGAUCAACAUGGCAGACCGAGAAGACUUGCAAACGCCAUUUGACCGUGAAAGGGCCGUUUCUUUGCUCGAAGAAGCAACCCAGUUUCUCAGGGAAUACUCAGGUGGCAGUGCUGUGUCGAAUCAAAACCGUAGCGGCGAAAAUUCCGAGAUUCAGCCUGUGGGAUCACGCCGGAAUGAACCGCACAGCAGCCAAAGAUUGCAGGCGAAUCACACGAGGUUUCCUCACACAACAACAACAGCUUCGAGCGUAUUUACACACCAGAACAGGCAAGGAAACGAAGAUAACAUCCUUAGCGGAAGUUUGGCACGAAACAGUGCUGCAGAUGGAAGGGUACUUGAUAAUUUUCGAAGUCUUUUUUCACCCUAUGGUCGUGGACCGUUGUCAACUAGCUCAUCAAGUGUACAAUCGCCAUCCGCUAGUAAACGAAGGAAACGUAACACAUUCUUCUUUAAAAGAGAAACUUGGACUCACGAAUUUUUCUGCUUGGCAGAUAAAGAUCAAAUGGUAGUACCCAGCAGAUCUUUAAAGGUCCAACUUCAGGAGGCUGGCUUGGGCCGAAAAAAAGUAUGCCUUAAUGGUAGAGCAGACGCAACGGAGGUGAAGACGACUCUUGAAGAAAGCUAUCCUAAGUUAAAAGAGGGUGGAGGAUUUGAGAUAUUAAGACGUGGCCCAAGCCCUAGCGAGCUUACCUUAAUUCCACCACCACCAUCGGGAUAUACUGUAAAGUUCUUACGCGACUCCGCAGGAUUGGGGCAAGCAAUCGCGUUUGUGAGACCUUUGCAAUGCAACCUCAACCGGGAAGCAAUCAAACCUGUUUCAGACCACAGCCAGGUGGGUAAUCAAAGAAUUAUAUUAUAUUUACUUAGGAUAUUUUUUAAAGGCUACAGAGGAUUGGCAAGGGAGAUGAAAAUCCUGUUUUAUUGCGCCAAAUGAUCCUUCCCCCUCGUUCCUUUGAGCCCUUUGAAGGAGAUUUACAUGUGUAACAUCUUUUAUUAUUCAUUCAAAAUAUUUCCCCGUUUCUGGUUGGUUAAACACGCACAAUUUACCAUAACCAGCUGCUGUUCACCAAAUUUGGAAAGAAACUUUGCCAUAUUGAAAUUACUGACGUCAAAAGUGCAGCCCGCUGCAGAUUAUUUAACCGUUCAUCUAGAAAACCUGGGGACGAGACUGUGUUAUUUUUGGUGAGCAGAAAAACAAAGAGCGAAUGGCAAAACUCCUUUAAGAACGGGGAAAUAUUUUGAAUGAAUAAUAAAGCAAUUAUUGAAUUCGGCUUUCCUAGGAUAUGACGGCCUCUGUGGAUAACACCCUCCUUGAUCUGCAGAAUUCUUCAUAUCUUACGAAAGCCGAAUUCAAUAAUUGCUAAAUACACCUACGGCACACAAAGCUGUCGAUUGUUUGUUUGUUAUCUUUGGAACAUAUUAGGCAAAAGAAUCUGUGACAUUACCCUAACUAAUAUCUGUCAAUGUAUCAUUGUAUGUGUCUGUGAAACAGGAUUCUGGGAGUGUUCCAAAAGUUGCUUGUAUCAACUGUAGUCUUGAGAUUCCAGUAACUCUUGUCAGACAACAUUUGGCUGCCUGCUGCAAUGACGAUGAUUUGUAAGUACAAUGUGCAUGUUAAAGUAAUGAAAAAUACAGUGUAGGUUGUCUUGAAAAGUGAUCAAGGUUUUUUUUUUCUAUCCCAUUCCUUCAUAGUUUGGUCACAUGGUCUCACUCCUUCUUGAGUCAAAAGUGGGUACCAGAGACCUAUCUGCACCUGAAUAAUAACUAAUCCCUAAAUUACAAUUUCUUUUACCAUCAUGGCAGAAUGUUGAAAAGUCAAAAUGUUUGUUUCUCUGGAGAGAACUUAAAAUGCCAACAAAUAUUUCAGUUACAUACAUACAUUUUACAUUACAUUACAAUAUACAUGUUAUUACUACAUUUUUAGGUAAAAGUACAAUUAAUACAUGCCCGCGGUUAGCAAAACUAAUCUAGGCGGGUCAUGUUUCUAUUAUAUCAGUUGAUAGAAACAGGCAGUUUGUGCUGAUUUAUAAUCUUAUCCUUUGGGUAGGCCAGACAUUGCUUGCAGUGAUGGAACAACAAGUACAGAAUCCAUAACUCAAGUGAGGACUUAAGUCAUUAUACACCUGNUGUGCAUGUUAAAGUAAUGAAAAAUACAGUGUAGGUUGUCUUGAAAAGUGAUCAAGGUUUUUUUUUUCUAUCCCAUUCCUUCAUAGUUUGGUCACAUGGUCUCACUCCUUCUUGAGUCAAAAGUGGGUACCAGAGACCUAUCUGCACCUGAAUAAUAACUAAUCCCUAAAUUACAAUUUCUUUUACCAUCAUGGCAGAAUGUUGAAAAGUCAAAAUGUUUGUUUCUCUGGAGAGAACUUAAAAUGCCAACAAAUAUUUCAGUUACAUACAUACAUUUUACAUUACAUUACAAUAUACAUGUUAUUACUACAUUUUUAGGUAAAAGUACAAUUAAUACAUGCCCGCGGUUAGCAAAACUAAUCUAGGCGGGUCAUGUUUCUAUUAUAUCAGUUGAUAGAAACAGGCAGUUUGUGCUGAUUUAUAAUCUUAUCCUUUGGGUAGGCCAGACAUUGCUUGCAGUGAUGGAACAACAAGUACAGAAUCCAUAACUCAAGUGAGGACUUAAGUCAUUAUACACCUGUAGACUAAAUUUUAGUUAUACCAGAUGAUUCUACAGUCCAGCACACCACCUACAUCUAAUUCCUUUACCAUCUACGUGUUUAUCAUUUUAUACAACAUGGCAAUAUACUUUUUAUGGAAUGGGUAGAUUUUAUAUUCACUUCUAUCAGUUUAGUGCUUAAUAUGCUGUUUGCAUGAGCCAUGAGUAAUUUUCAAUUAGGGAAUUUAAUAGUAUUGAAUCAUUGUGAAACUGUAAUUGGACUAUUUGUCUAAUUAUAUCAAUGAGUGUAAUUUUAUUAGUAAAAUGUUGUGCUUUUAGGCCCCUGUACUUUUAAGUUUUCCAUCCAGUUCCACUAGUGAUGUGCAUGCCACUAUCAAUAACAAUUUGAGUGGUGAAGAAUUCAGUAGUUCCACUGCACAUCCACUGUCACUGGUGAGUUUGUGUGAGGCAAAGUCAUACACUUCGUAAUAGAUUAAUUUUUCUCAGAAACGAACCACAUGGAAGUUUGAUGACUAUGGGUUACAAACACUUGUGCCAAUAGUCUAUUGCCUGUAGACAUAGUUUUAUGUAUCUUCUGCUACUAAGUACAUGUAAGUUUAGUUAAAAGUGCACAGUGAAAUGUGAUCUCCACAUGCUGUUGGAGUUGCUUUCAUUAUGUCUAGUACAACUGUCUUAGUUCAUUGUAAGGAUUUAUUGUGUUCUCACGAGUAAAUGAUAAUGCAGUGUAGUUGGUUGUGUUUGACAAGCUUUGGAGCAAAACUAUGAUGUAACAAAAUCAGACUACAUGCCAUAACCAAGAUGCAUGUGUAAUCUUACUGUAUGUUUAGAACAUAGUUUUGUGAUGAAGUAGACCUCUAAUCAUUUUCAUCUACUGUAGGACCCUGUUGCUGUAGCAGAGCUGCAGAUCUUAUUCCCAGAUAAGGAUGAAGAUUCUCUAAGAGAUGUACUUAGCAUGUGUGAGGGAAACUACAGUUUAGCAGCUUCCUCGCUUGUGAACUGGGAUGGUAAGUGACGCAUAUAGUUAUCUUAAAUAAACAGACCUGUUUUUCUUUACAGGGAAUUGGGUUCAUUGUGGGUUAAAUACAUUUUUUCUAACUUGUCCCAUAUAAUGGAUACAUGUUCAGUGCUCAUACCCCUCCUCAUGGGGGAUCCAGUUUUGAAUCCAAUACCUUGUUUUUAGAUACUCUCCCAGAAAUUACAGUGUACAUGUAAGUCCUCUCCUAAAAAUUAGUCCCCCUUGUUUUGAGUUGUACUUAUACAUGUAUGGUAGAAAAGCUGUUCCGUAUCUCACAAAAGCAACUGCCAUACAGGGGAGCUACCUUGAAAGAAAGACAGAUGAGGAAAGUUGUUUUUUAUGCAGCGUGCAAAGAAAGUAGUGUCCGAUAGCCCGGGGCUAGUGGAUUUUGCUAUCGGGCAAGUGAAUUCUGUUUUUAACUUGCCCGACGGGCAAGUGAUGUUUCUUGAGGAAUUUGAAUAACAGAAGAACUGUGAAAUCAAUUCUGCUUGGCAAAAAGGUUUGGGGCUAUUGGAAAUGACGUCUGGGCUAGUAAACUCUAGCUUCAGCUUGCCUGAAAGGCAAGCUGCAAAAAUGAUUUUCUUUGCACCCUGUUAUGGCAUAAUGAAAUGAACAGACUUUACAGACAAACCUCCUGUAAGCGCUUACAGGAGGUGGUCGCUCAUAAGAGCUUAGACCCUUUUUGGUCAAAAUUUUGCAUCAUUAGCGUAUGGUAACUGCAGAGACUUGCCCAAUGUUUUAAAUGUCUUGUUCAUGUAUAAAGUCAAUUUCAAGGAAAAGUCCUAUCUGGUAUUUUGCAUAUAGAAAUAUCUGUCUCUUUUACUAUCCAGGAAAGCAAUUAAUGUCACAACAACUUAUCCAAUUUACGCUCUAUUAUCUGUCAUUUGGUCACUUACAGAAGGGUAAAAACGAAAGAAAAUUUUAAACUUGUAGCUCUAAAAGUGGUUGCGGUUGCUUACGAGAGGUGGUCGCUUACAAGAGGUUCCAAAUAGAGUGAUUUGACUUGGAAACUUUUGGUACUUUGGAAAAUUGGUCGCUGAGGAGAGGUGGUCGCUUACGAGAGGUGUUCGCAACCAGAGGUUCAACUGUAUUUAUGUUACAUCCACAUUCUCUUUCCUCUAUAGAAAACCAGGCAAGCUCAUCCUCUUAUCUGGUAGAUGAGAGUAAGGAUGAUGACAAUGAGAGGGACUUGAUGCAAUCAGCAUUCAGUUUGAAUUAUUCGAGUAAUUCAGGUAUUGGAUUUAUUUGUAGAUAUACGUCCCUCAGUUUUUUAUCCAGGUUAGCGCCCAUAUGGCUGUUUAAAUCUUACACUACACAUGAACAUGUAAAAGAUACAUGUGUGCAUGUACAUUAUUUUCUUUUCCAAUAGCUGUUGUUGUGCUGUUGUUUGUGUAUAACUUCUUGAGUAAAUAAAAUGUGUGCUGCUGGUGAAGUGUAACUGAAUAUGAACUGCCUAUACUUUUAUUUGUAUUUCUUUAGUUGAAGAUCUACAAAGUAUCAUGGGGAAGCAUAGACAACAACUGGACUCUCAAGAAUGCAACAGAUUGAGUGUAGACCGGGAGCAAUUCUGGGAAGACUGUGUGGUGUUCUUUAAAAACCCAAAGUUUAAUCCAAGAUAUCCCUUGAGAAUCAGAUUUGCUGGUGAAGUUGGGCUUGAUGCUGGAGGACUACGUCGUGAAUUUGGCUCUCUCUUAGUCAGUAAAUUGUUCUCCUCAGAAGUCAUGUUAUUUGAGGGUAGUGAUGAUCGAAAAGUUCCUGUAUACAAUGCUGAUGCUGUACAUUCAAACCUUUUCCACUUAGCCGGAAAGAUUUGUGCCUACCUAUUGUCCCACCUAGACCUUGGUGUAUCUUGCCUUAGUCCAGUGAUUUAUUCUUACAUUACAACUGAUGAAGUCCAUGAAGCAUCAAAGCAAUGCACCCUGGAAGAUAUACCAGACUACGACUUGCGUAAAUUCAUUGAAGAGGUAUACAUGUGGAUGCAACUUGUAAAGCUGCCUUUCUUUUGGAUUCUAGUAUUUCCGAAGUUCACAUUAUCUUCAUAUGUUUGUAACUUAUUUACAUUUUGAACCUUAUUGCAAACUGNUUUCUUUAGUUGAAGAUCUACAAAGUAUCAUGGGGAAGCAUAGACAACAACUGGACUCUCAAGAAUGCAACAGAUUGAGUGUAGACCGGGAGCAAUUCUGGGAAGACUGUGUGGUGUUCUUUAAAAACCCAAAGUUUAAUCCAAGAUAUCCCUUGAGAAUCAGAUUUGCUGGUGAAGUUGGGCUUGAUGCUGGAGGACUACGUCGUGAAUUUGGCUCUCUCUUAGUCAGUAAAUUGUUCUCCUCAGAAGUCAUGUUAUUUGAGGGUAGUGAUGAUCGAAAAGUUCCUGUAUACAAUGCUGAUGCUGUACAUUCAAACCUUUUCCACUUAGCCGGAAAGAUUUGUGCCUACCUAUUGUCCCACCUAGACCUUGGUGUAUCUUGCCUUAGUCCAGUGAUUUAUUCUUACAUUACAACUGAUGAAGUCCAUGAAGCAUCAAAGCAAUGCACCCUGGAAGAUAUACCAGACUACGACUUGCGUAAAUUCAUUGAAGAGGUA